UGACAAAUUGGGUAAUUUUUAUAGGACCUAAUGCUUUGGUGUUUUGCUUUCUGUGAAGCAUUGGCCUCAGAGGAGGAGGAGGAGGACAUCCUGUUCUUGGGUCAUGUGAGCGGUUAAGAGCAUUUACUACUCUUGCACCCGAAACCCGAGAUCCUGAGUUUGAUCCCGCAUUUAUCAAAACAAAACCAAAAGAGUUAAUUAAAGCAUGAUGGAGGAUUUGUGGACUGCGUUUUGUGGGGAAUCCGGUCUUUCGGAUGAAGCUGGAAGGGCACUCACUUUAACUCUUCAGUCUCUGUUUCAACCUUCUUCAUGCGUCAAUCAUGUGUCGAUAAUUGGGUUUGACAUUUUGCUUCUAGCAAUGCUCUUGUUUAACAUGCUUCAAAAGCCAUCGUCGAAAUCACUUCACAUUCCAGCCCGAUAUCAAGGCUUUUCGGGUUUGCAGAUAGCCUCUGCUGUUGUCAAUGGCUGCCUUGGAAUUGUGUACUUGGGGCUGGGAGUCUGGAUUCUGGAAGAGAAUCUGAGGAGUACUCGUACUGCUUUGCCUUUGAAUUGGUGGCUACUUUCGUUGUUUCAAGGGUUCACAUGGUUGGUGGUUAGUUUAACUAUAAGCAUCCGCGGAAGAAAGCUUCCAAGGAAGCCGUCAAGAUUGUUGUCCAUCCUUGCGUUCUUGUUUUCCGGAGUCGUCUGCGCUGCAUCGCUCUUUGCUGCCAUUUUCAGAAAAGAAUUGUCAGCAAAGACUGUAUUAGAUAUAUUGUCUUUCCCAGGAGCAACAUUGUUGCUGUUAUGUGCGUAUAAGGGGAGUAAAUAUGGAGAUGGUGACGAGAGCAUCACCGCAACUGACCUUUAUACGCCUCUGAACGGUGAGUCCAACGGCGGCAUCUGUAAAAGUGAUCAUGUUACGCCGUUUAGCAAAGCUGGAUUUUUCAGUAAAGCCACAAUCUGGUGGCUGAACUCGCUGAUGAAAAAGGGUAGGGAGAAAACUCUAGAGGAAGAGGAUAUACCCAAGCUGCGUGAGGAAGAUCGAGCAGAAAGUUGCUAUUUGCAGUACUUGGAGCGGUUGAACAAACAGAAACAAAUCGAACCUUCUUCUCAACCUUCAGUACUAAGAACAAUAGUCAUGUGCCACUGGAAAGACAUUUUACUGUCUGGCUUCUUUGCUUUGCUGAAGGUACUCACCGUCUCUGCUUGUCCACUGGUUCUUAACGCCUUCAUAUUGGUUGCCGAGGGAAAAGGAAGCUUCAAAUAUGAAGGGUACGCGUUAGCCAUAGCACUUUUCCUUUCAAAGAUCACGGAAUCCAUUUCACAACGGCAAUGGUACUUACGAUCCAGGCUUAUUGGUGUGAAAAUCAAGUCUUUACUCACAUCGGCCAUUUACAAGAAGCAAUUGAGAUUAUCGAAUGCUGCUAAGUUGACACACUCAGGUGGUGAGAUUAUGAAUUACGUUACUGUGGAUGCUUAUAGGAUCGGAGAGUUCCCAUAUUGGUUCCACCAAACUUGGACGACCGGCCUCCAGCUCUGUCUUGCAUUGGUGAUUCUUUUCCGCGCAGUUGGCCUGGCUACGAUUGCAGCGUUGGUGGUGAUAGUUUUGACAGUGAUUUGCAAUGCUCCAGUUGCUAAGUUACAACAUAAGUUUCAGUCUAAGCUUAUGGUGGCACAAGACGAAAGACUGAAGGCUAGUUCCGAGGCUCUUGUGAACAUGAAGGUGUUGAAGUUGUAUGCAUGGGAAACUCAUUUCAAGAAGGCGAUAGAGAGGUUAAGGAAGGAGGAGCACAAAUGGUUAUCUGCAGUGCAGUAUAGAAAAGCGUAUAAUUCCUAUCUCUUUUGGUCGUCCCCUGUUCUGGUGUCUGCUGCAACCUUUGGGGCAUGUUAUUUUCUCAAGGUUCCGUUGCAUGCGAACAAUGUUUUUACUUUCGUAGCAACUUUACGCCUUGUUCAGGAUCCCAUUAGAUCAAUUCCUGAGGUUAUUGGGGUUGUCAUUCAAGCGAAGGUUGCGUUUGAACGUAUUGUGAAAUUCCUUGAGGCACCAGAGCUGCAGACUUCAAAUGUCCAGAAGAGGAACAUGGAGAAUGUAUCCCACUCCAUUGUUAUUAAGUCGGCUGAUUUUUCAUGGGUGGAGAACAUUUCGAAGGCCACUCUGAGAAAUAUAAACUUAGAGGUUAGACCUGGUGAAAAGGUUGCUAUAUGCGGAGAAGUCGGCUCAGGCAAAUCAAGCCUUUUAGCUGCAAUUCUUGGAGAAAUUCCAAAUGUUCGAGGAAAUAUUCAAGUUUUUGGGAAGACGGCAUAUGUUUCUCAAACAGCAUGGAUUCAGACAGGGACGAUCCAAGAAAAUAUUUUGUUUGGUUCUCCAAUGGAUACUGAAAGAUACCGAGAAACACUUGAGAGGUGUUCACUUGUAAAGGACCUUGAGCUGCUCCCCUAUGGCGACCUUACUGAAAUAGGGGAGAGAGGGGUCAAUCUGAGCGGUGGUCAGAAGCAGCGAAUCCAACUUGCCCGUGCUCUCUAUCAGAAUGCUGAUAUAUAUCUCUUGGAUGAUCCAUUCAGUGCUGUUGAUGCACAUACUGCUACAAACUUAUUCAAUGAAUAUGUUAUGGAAGCACUUUCAGGGAAGACGGUUUUACUUGUGACCCAUCAAGUUGAUUUCCUGCCUGCAUUUGAUUCUGUUUUGUUGAUGUUAGAUGGGGAAAUCCUACAAGCAGCUCCUUAUCACCAUCUAUUGGCCUCAAGCCAAGAGUUUCAGGAUCUUGUGAAUGCACACAAAGAAACUGCUGGUUCUGAAAGGCUUGCAGAUGCCACUGCGGCCCAAACUGGAAUAUCGUCCAGAGAGAUUAAGAAGACAUAUGUAGAAAAGCAACUCAAACCAGAAAAAGGUGACCAAUUGAUUAAACGAGAAGAGAGAGAAACAGGAGAACUAGGUGUUAAGCCGUUCGUACUGUAUUUGAAGCAGAAGAAUGGAUUCUUGUACUUCUCAGCCGCAGUUCUUUUACACUUCAUUUUCGUUAUGAGUCAGAUAGGGCAGAACUCUUGGAUGGCUGCUAACGUUGACAAUCCCAAUGUUAGCACAUUGCGAUUGAUUGCGGUUUACUUGUUGAUUGGAUUUUCCGCAACAUUUAUUCUACUGUUCAGAUCUAUUUUAACAGUUAUUAUGGGUCUUGAGGCAUCUCAGUCUUUGUUCUCACAGCUACUGAGUUCCCUUUUCCGUGCACCCAUGUCUUUUUAUGACUCAACACCUCUGGGAAGGAUACUUAGUCGGGUGUCAUCUGAUCUGAGUAUCGUAGAUCUUGAUGUUCCGUUCAACCUAGUCUUUGCCUGUGGGUCUACUAUGAACGCUUAUGCCAAUCUCGGAGUACUGGCUGUCGUUACCUGGCAAGUCCUGUUUGUCUCCAUACCGAUGAUCUAUGUGGCAAUUUCCCUACAGAAAUACUACUUUUCGACUGGAAAAGAGUUGAUGCGAAUCAAUGGCACAACCAAGUCCCUUGUAGCAAACCAUGUAGCAGAGUCGGUGUCAGGAGCGAUUACAAUAAGAGCUUUCCAUGAAGAAGAGCGGUUCUUGGAGAAGAACUUUGAUCUCAUUGACACAAAUGCUAGUCCUUAUUUCCACAGUUUUGCGGCGAAUGAAUGGUUGAUCCUACGGCUAGAAUUUAUAAGCGCAACCGUUCUUUCUUCUGCAGCACUCUGUAUGACUUUGCUUCCUCCUGGAACUUUCAGCGCUGGAUUCAUUGGGAUGGCACUUUCGUAUGGUCUUUCAUUGAACGUUUCCUUGAUGUUUUCAAUUCAGAUCCAGUGCAGUAUCGCAAAUUACAUUAUUUCUGUUGAAAGACUAGAUCAGUACAUGAAUAUACCGAGUGAAGCCCCUGAAGUAGUAGAAGGAAACCGUCCUCCAACCAAUUGGCCCGCUGUAGGUAAAGUCGAGAUACAAAAUUUGCAGAUCAGAUAUAGGCCCGAUACACCACUCGUUCUUCGUGGGAUCAGUUGCAUUUUUGAAGGAGGACACAAGAUUGGUAUUGUUGGUCGUACAGGCAGUGGAAAGUCUACUCUCAUAGGUGCUCUAUUUCGUUUAGUAGAGCCAGCGGGAGGGAAGAUUAUAGUCGAUGGCAUUGACAUCUCUACAAUCGGAUUGCAUGAUCUAAGGUCGCGUUUUGGAAUAAUACCUCAAGAUCCUACCCUCUUCAACGGAACUGUGAGAUACAAUUUGGAUCCCUUGUCUCAACAUUCAGAUGACGAAAUAUGGGAGGUUCUUGGGAAGUGUCAGCUUCGAGAGCCUGUUCAGGAGAAGGAAAGCGGCUUAGACUCCUUAGUUGUGGAAGAUGGAUCAAACUGGAGCAUGGGACAAAGGCAAUUGUUCUGUUUGGGGCGUGCCCUUUUGAGAAGAAGUCGGGUACUAGUGCUUGAUGAAGCAACCGCAUCAAUUGACAAUGCCACUGAUACAAUUCUUCAGAAAACUAUCCGAACUGAAUUUGCAGACUGCACUGUGAUCACGGUAGCUCACAGGAUACCGACUGUGAUGGAUUGUUCAAUGGUUCUUGCCAUCAGUGACGGACAAAUUGUGGAGUAUGACGAGCCAAUGAACUUGAUGAGAAGAGAAGGCUCGCUAUUUGGGCAGCUUGUCAAGGAAUACUGGUCUCAUCUCCAGUCUGCAGAAUCGCAUUGAAAGUAGCGGUGUUUCAUUGUUUCAUCUCGCCAUUUUGCCACGGCUGGGUAGCGAAGAGAUGAAGCAUAGUGAAAAGGAGGAUUGGUGUAAACUAUAGAACGUUGCUAGCCGAAGAAGCGUGUGUAUAAUAUCUCUACCUUAUUUUCUCGAAGGCAAUGAAGAAUAAUCGACUACUUAGUCCAGAUCAAUAGUAGCACAUCAGGUUGCAUAAGGUUGUAGGUAUCCGUUCCCAGCACGGCGAUGAAUGUAAUCUAAAACACCGCGAUGAACGUAAUCUAAAACGCAGAUCUUGAUUGAUGAACUGUAUAUGUAUCAUGAUGCAGAAACUGGAAAUAGACAUUUCUUGCGCGACAAGUUGUUGUCAAACGCAAGAGAAUUACUGUACAUUUUAAAAUCAAUAAGAGUAUAUAGAUCCAAUUCGAAAAU